UCUCGGUUUCCACGACCUGUCGAUCGCUAACGAAUUCAUGGCGAUUAGGGUUUUAAUAUUCGCUUUUCUUCUUCUGGCUUCUCCUUUUCUUCAUGCUGUUAGGUGUCAGUCGGAUUCAGAAGUCGAAGUUGCCGAAGCUGCUGAGGGAGGAGGUGAUCUUGGGAUUGUAGGUGAUGACAUCCAGGACUAUGGCGAUGGAAGUUUUAGUCCAGCUCCUGGAGUUGAUACUAUCUGCGUUUUCCCAAAAAAUGCGGCAAAAUCGGUGCCUGCUGGGGAAGAGGCUGAACUACUUGUUGGCGUGAAUAAUGAAGGGGAUUCAAAUGUGAAUGUCAUUGCUAUUCGGGCUAGUGUUCAUCUUCCUUAUGAUCAUCGCAUGCUGGUCCAGAAUUUGACUGGGCAGGUUUUCAACAAUGCAUCUGUGCCACCUUCAGCUCAGGCUACUUUCCCAUACAUUUUUGCUGUUAACAAAUACUUGCAGCCUGGAGCAUUUGAUCUUGUAGGUACAAUUAUUUAUGAGAUUGAUCAGCAACCAUACCAGAGCACAUUCUACAAUGGAACUAUUGAAGUUGUUGAGGCCAGUGGCUUUCUCAGCAUUGAGUCUGUUUUCCUUGUUACACUAGGAGUUGCCCUUGUUGGCCUUUGUGGGUUGUGGAUGUAUGGUCAAAUCCAAAGCCUCUCAAAGAAAACAAAGAGGGCACAGAAGGUUGAAGUGGGUACUGGGACUACAGAUGCAUCCAUGGAUGAAUGGUUGCAGGGAACUGCAUAUGCUCAGUCGCUCUCCAAGUCUAAGAAGAAGAAGUGAGGCUAGUUUGACUUGCAUUUAGUUGUGAAGGAGAAGCUUGUCCUCUUUGAACUAGUGCUAGGCUCUGUGGCAUUUUUGUGGAGUCUUAAUAUUGAGGUAGUUUUGGGACAAAACAGCUGAUGAGGCCCUGCCUAGCAUUUGUAGUUUGUGGAAGAUGUUCCUGUUCUUCCCUUGGAGUAGUGGUCUGUACUGCUUAGCGUAGGGCUUCUGAAGCCUAGAGGUUCAGGCGAAAAAAUACAAUUUUGUUAACUUAAUGUUUGUUAGGUAAUUGUUUCUUCUCUGUUUGGAUGACACUCCUAUUAUUUCUUUCCUGCUUAGAUGGUUCUCAGCUCAAUUCGAAUUGACAGUUCAGUUUUUCGAUUUGCUGAU